AGCUGUUGCAGGCGUAGGCCUACAGACAUAGACAUGUAGCUAGUUAACACAGAUGCAUAUUCUGUUAUGUUAUUUAUCGCAUGAAAAAUGUGUAUGGCCCUAUGUACGAAAUAUUUAGGUUAUCUGUCAGAUGUGUCUGAACAAACACACUAUGCAAUGUUGAUCGUAGUUCUAGUAAACACUAAAAAAACAGGCUUACAAAAAAAUGGCAAAUCAUGACCACAAGAGAUCAAGGGGGGAGGUAAAUGAUAAUCAGUCUGGUGUCCCAUCUAAAAAGGGGAGGUUUGCCGACAUUUUUUCCAAGCGCAUUGACCAUAAAGAGGAUGUUACAUGGAAGGAGCAUAUAAAUGAUCCUCUGUUUUGGGGCCCGUACCUGGCAGAAAGACAAUGGGGUACAGUACGGGAGGACUACUCUCAUGAUGGUUCUUGCUGGGACUACCUGACUCAUUACGAUGCUACAAGACAAGCCUACCACUGGGGAGAAGAUGGGUUACUGGGUGUCAGUGAUAAAUUUGGCAUGCUGUGUGCAUCUUUAGCUUUAUGGAAUCACAAAGAUCCCAUUCUCAAAGAGAGACUCUUUGGUCUCACUGGGAAAGAGGGUAACCAUGGAGAAGAUGUGAAGGAGCUUUAUUACUACCUGGAUAAUACACCAAGGCACACCUACAUGCAGGCCCUUUACAGGUAUCCCCAAGAUGAGUUCCCUUAUCAGACUCUGAUCAACCAUGGCCGCACAUAUUUUGAUCCUGAAUAUGAGGUCCUUGACACAGGAAUUUUUGAUCACACCUAUUGGGAUGUAAAUAUUGAGUAUGCUAAACCUGCCUCUCACACACUGAUCUGCCGGAUAACUAUCACAAAUCAGUCAACAGAAUCAGCAAAACUGGAUGUUAUACCACAAUUCCUAUUCAGGAAUACUUGGAGCAAACCUGGACCAAAUAAGUGUGACAACCCCCCUCUUUUUCAGCUGGUUAGUGGGGAUGGAGUUGAUGCUAUAUACGACAUGGGUAUAUUCCGGAUCAAUUUUAACUAUGGUCAGAACGUCACCUUCAACAAGCUUUUAUUCACUGAGAACAACUCUGAGAGGAAUGACUUUGAGAGGGUAGAGAGUGACACAGAUACCAGUCGCAGCCUUAGUACAUCCACUGACACUAACAUUGAAAGGAUAGAGGAUAAGAGACAUGUGAAAGAUGCAUUCCAUAGGUAUAUCAUUCAUGAGGAGACCAGUUCAGUGAACUGUAAACAAAACGGAACCAAAUGCUGUGCAUGGAUGACUGCAGACGUGCCUGGCAAGUCAAAAACCUGUGUAUACUGGCAAAUUUUUCCUGCAGACUGUGUAGGGGAGAGAAGCAUAAUGAAACUUGAUGAAGUCUUCACUUUCCAGAAAGUUAAAGCAACAGAAUUCUAUCAGAAGGUUAUACCAAGGGAAGCAACUCUAGAAGAAGCUAAUAUAUGUAAGCAGGCAGUAGCUGGCUUACUCUGGUCUAAGCAGUUGUACAUAUACAACAUGGAGGUCAAGAAUAAAGAGCUAAGAAACCGUUUUUUGACGACCUACUUCAGGACUAGUCAAGGCAAGAAGAAAACAGGCUGGAACCACCUGACCUGCCAUGACAUUCUUCUGGUGCCAGACAAGUGGGAAUUCCCUUGGUUUGCAGCCUGGGACCUGGCCUUUCACUGUGUGCAGUUUGCCAGGAUUGACAUGCCUUUUGCCAAAGAACAGCUGCUUUUGUUGUUGUCUGAUAGAUACAUGCAUCCUAAUGGACAAAUCCCAGGGUGUGAAUUUGACCUGGGUGACCCCAACCCUCCCAUCAUCGGCUGGGCAGUGUGGAAGAUGUACACAAUGGAGGGGAAGAAAGAUCUGCCCUACCUGAAAACUUGUUUUAACAGACUGAUAUUCAGCUUCCAAUGGUGGCACAAGAUGGACCCUACAAACUCCUACCUGUAUGGUCAUGGCUUCAUGGGAAUGGACAACAUCAGUUUGGUUGACCGCUCCUCCCUCCCCCCUGGUAUGACAGGCAUGAAGCAGGCUGACACCACGGGGUGGAUGGGACUGUUUAGUCUGACCAUGCUGCAGAUAGCCUUAGAGCUGUGCAAGCAUGACAACAGCUACACAGACAUGGCCAUCAAGUUCUUGAAACAUUUCCUGCACAUUGCCAGGGCCAUCAAUCGCUCUUUUUCUGAAGGAGGACUAUGGGAUGAAGAGGACAAAUUCUUCUAUGAUGUGGUUCAUUACCAGGACCCCCACAACACCCCAAUCCGCCUGCGCUCGUGGACGGGUAUUGUUCCACUUCUGGCCUGCUGUUCUGUUGAUCUCAAGUUGUGUCCCCUUGUCAAGACAUUUCUACUCAGAUGUGAUAAAGGGUUCUCUCCCUUUGUGUGCAAACUUGGAGAAAAUGAAUUCUUCCUGACCCUCGUCUCAUACACCAAGCUCAAAAUGAUGCUGAAGAUCGUGUUCUCCGAGCAAGAAUUUCUGUCACCUUUUGGCAUCAGAUCUCUCUCCAAGGCUUACGAAAACAAUCCCCUAAUAUUUGACAUUGGGGACAUUCCAACCAGCGUGAGUUACCUCCCUGGUGAGUCAGACACCAACAUGUUUGGAGGCAACAGCAACUGGAGAGGACCUGUCUGGCUACCUAUGAACUAUCUUUUUAUUGAGUGCUUGGAGAAAUAUGGUGACCUUGACCGAGUUUUUACCAUACCCUUAAGUAUCCAGUACCCCACCGGAGCUACUUCAAAGUCAACAUUUCUCACAAUCUCCAGAGAUCUGUGCAAGAGACUGGUCAGCAUCUUCCUGCCUGACGCACACGGAGAACGCCCAGUCCAUGGCAGCUAUGAGAGAUACGGCAAAGACCCGGACUGGAAGUCUUUAGUUCUCUUCUACGAGUAUAUCCAUGCCGACACAGGCAGAGGCUGCGGUGCGAGCCACCAAACGGGCUGGUCCGCCCUUGUGAUUGAGUUUAUUUAUAAACUACACAACAUGGCGCACCCAGCCACAGAGACCUUGCUCCAUGAUCUUUUCCCUAAGCCACAAGCAACUGUCCAUCAUAGAAACCAGCAUCAAUCUCAUUUGACCAAAUUUUAGCCAGUUUUUUCUGCAUCUUACAGCCAUUUUCUGAAAAGUUGACACCUGUUUUUUUUUUUGUUGUGUUAUGAAUCCUAUACAUUUUUUUUACAUACCAUAACUCUGUAUUUUAAGGAUAUAAUGAAAGUGUAUUAUAUAUUUACAUACAUGUAUAUAUGCAAAUAUUUAUAUCAUUAAUUAAUUAUAUAAUAUAGCAACAUAAGUAACAUUUAAAUACAGUUGUGAUAAAAUAUUUUAAUAUUUAUUCUCUGAUUUAAAAAAAAAAUAUUUUUUUAAGAAGUCGUUUUUAACCAGUGUUAUUUUUUUUUUUUAAUCUAAGGUGACUCAGCUGUUAUAAAUAGCUUUAUUUAUUAACAUAGAUUGUUGAUAAUUCACUUUAGAUUCUGUCAAUUCAAAUGGUUUGUGUGUUAUACAUGUGACUGUCUAGGAGACUCAGAUCACUAUGAUAUAAAGGUUUCUAUAAUGUUUAGGUCUGUAGGACAUUCAUGUCCUUUUGACAUCCAGGACUAGGACAUCCAUGUCCCUAGGACAUUGAAGUCACAACUAUGAUAUGUCCUACAAGAUACUAUUGAAUCAAUUUUUCACCAUAUCAUGUGUAGCUCUGGUGGUCUAGCACAGAUAUAUCUAACUGUGAAAUGAAUAACAGCCAUCAUACAUUUUUUUUAUUUUGAUUGCUUGUGAAAUAGAAACUAACCUUAGUUAAUAGUGAACUGAUACAGUUGCUAUUUCAGUUUUUUUAAAUUUUAAGCUUUAUCUUUUAACCAUCAAAUGGUGUUUUGUUUUAAACCAAAUAAAAAUAUAGAGGUUUGU